UGACCACCUCUAGUGUUUAGUUCCGAUAGUUUAUCUGCACAGCGUUUAUUGGCUUUUUUCGCGUGGAAAACUGAAAAUAUAAGUGACGAAAAGCCCGUAAACGUGCCGCACCAUGAACUCACUGGGUCCUAAGAAGGACGGAAGUCCGAAUAUAGACUUUUUCCAGUCCCCGGAGACGCUGCAGGGCUUCGAAUCGAUUCGCCAGUGGCUGCAGAAGAACUGCAAGAAGUUCCUGGCCCACAGCUCGGAGCCCAUCACGAAGGAGUCGCUGGCCCAGCUGCUCAUCCAUUUCCUGCAAUAUGUGGAGGCGAAACUGGGCAAGAAUUCAGCGGAGCCGCCGGCGACCAGAAUUCCGAUGCGCUGCUUCCUGGAUUUCAAGAGCGGCGGAGGUCUGUGCAUCAUCUUCUCCACCAUGUUCCGCUUCCGGGCCGAGCAGCGCGGCAAGAAGUUCGACUUUUCCAUCGGCAAGAAUCCCACGCGCAAGGACCCCAACAUCCAGCUCCUAAUCGAGAUUGAGCAGGCGCUGGUGGAGGCGGAUUUGUACCGCAUUCCCUACAUCUACAUUCGCCCAGAGAUCGAGAAGAGUUUUGAGGGCAAACUGCGCGAGAUCCUCGAUAACCGGCGGGUGGAAAUCGUCUCCGACGAGGAGGACGCCACCCACAUUGUCUAUCCCGUCGUGGAUCCGCAUCCCGACGAGUACGCCCGGCCCAUUUUCAAGCGUGGCGGCCAUGUGAUGCUGCACUGGUACUACUUCCCCGAGUCCUACGAUUCGUGGGCCGUGAACAACUUCGACCUGCCGGAUCACAUUCCGGAUAAUCCCGAGUCGCCGGCAGAACGCUGGCGAGUCUCGGCCUCGUGGAUCGUCGACCUGGAGCAGUACAACGAGUGGAUGGCCGAGGAGGACUACGAGGUGGACGAGCAGGGCAAGAAGAAGACGCACAAGCAGCGCAUGUCCAUCGACGACAUCAUGUCCUUUGGCGACGAGAAGAAGAAGCCGGCCGCCAGCUCCGGCGGAGGCAAGCAGAAGAGGCGUCGCUCGCCAUCGCCGGCCACCUCGGCGUCCACCUCGAAGCCGGGCAAGCGCAAGCGAUCCCCGGCAGUGGUGCACAAGAAGUCGCGCAACGACGAUGACGACGAGGAUCUUACCCGCGAUCUGGAUGAUCCGCCGGCCGAGCCCAACGUUCAGGAGGUGCACAAGGCCAACGCUGCCCUGCAAUCGACCGCCAGUCCGGCUCCAGGCGGAAAGUCCCGUGGCGACAACGAUAUGAUGCCCAUUAAGGGAGGCACCAUGACCGAUCUGGAUGACGAGAUGACUGGCGGCAGUGCUGCUCAGGCCAUGUCCACCGGAGAUGGAGACAACUCGCAGACGGGCAAGACCAGCGAUAACAGCAACACGCAGGAGUUCUCUUCGUCGGCCAAGGAGGACAUGGAGGACAAUGUAACCGAGCAGACGCACCACAUCAUUGUGCCCUCGUACUCGGCCUGGUUCGACUACAACUCCAUCCAUGUGAUCGAGAAGCGGGCCAUGCCGGAGUUCUUCAACAGCAAGAACAAGUCCAAGACGCCGGAGAUUUACAUGGCCUACAGGAACUUUAUGAUCGACACCUACAGGCUCAAUCCCACGGAGUAUUUGACCAGCACCGCCUGCAGGCGCAAUUUGGCCGGAGAUGUGUGCGCCAUCAUGCGGGUGCACGCCUUUUUGGAGCAAUGGGGUCUGAUUAACUACCAGAUCGAUGCGGAUUUGCGACCCACACCCAUGGGUCCUCCGCCCACCUCGCACUUCCACAUUCUGUCGGACACGCCGUCCGGUUUGCAGGCCAUCAAUCCGCAAAAGACGCAGCAGCCGUCGGCGGCCAAGACCCUGCUGGAUCUGGACAAGAAGCCGCUGGGCAAGGAGCUUCAAGGUGGCCUGGAGCUGGGCGACAAGGGUGGUCUGGCCGGCAUCAAAACAGAGGCUCUGGAGAAUGGCGGUGCGGCGGGAGGAUUAAGUUCGGGAGUUAGCCAGUUUGGCCUGAAGCUGGAUCAGUAUGCCAAGAAGCCGGCGGCCAUGAGGAAUCGCACGGCGGCCAGCAUGGCGCGGGAGUGGACCGAUCAGGAGACACUGCUGCUGCUGGAGGGCCUGGAGAUGCACAAGGACGACUGGAACAAGGUGUGCGAGCAUGUGGGCUCCCGCACCCAGGACGAGUGCAUUCUGCACUUCCUGCGACUGCCCAUCGAGGAUCCGUAUCUCGAGGACGAUGGCGGCUUCCUGGGCCCCUUGGGCUGCCAGCCCAUUCCGUUCAGCAAGAGCGGCAAUCCCAUUAUGUCCACCGUGGCCUUCCUGGCCUCUGUCGUCGAUCCUCGAGUGGCUGCAGCUGCAGCCAAGGCGGCCAUGGAGGAGUUUGCUGCUAUUAAGGAUGAGGUGCCUGCCACCAUAAUGGACAACCACAUGAAGAACGUGGAGAAGGCCUCCGCCGGUGGCAAGUUCAAUCCGAACUUUGGCCUGGCCAACAGUGGAAUCGCCGGAACAGGAAACGACAAGGAGGAUGAGGAGGGCAAGGAGGGCGGCACCUCUGCAUCCGCCGGCGGCUCUGAUGAGGAAAUGAAGGAUCUAAGCAAAAAAGACGACGAGGCCAAGUCCAAAGACAAAACGAAAUCGGAUAAGACCAACACGAACACAGACUCCAGUUCCACAUCAUCAACAUCAGCGACAACCAACAACACCGACAAGAAACCAAAGGAGUCGUCCGACAAGUCAGACAAAUCAAACAAAUCCUCACCCACAGAAACCGCAGCAUCCGCCAGUGGAGCAGGAGGCGAUGUGGACAUCAAGACGGAGGACAGCAGCGGCGAUGGCGAGACCAAGGACGGCACCGAGGCCAAGGAGGGAUCGGGAUCUGGAGCAGCGGGAUCGGUGGUGGCCAAGGAUGGAACCUUCAGCGAGAACAACAUGCAGUCUGCGGCGGCGGCCGCUUUGGCAUCGGCAGCCGUCAAGGCCAAACAUUUGGCCGCCCUGGAGGAGCGCAAGAUCAAGUCGCUGGUGGCGCUGCUCGUCGAGACGCAGAUGAAGAAGCUGGAGAUCAAGCUGCGUCACUUCGAGGAGCUGGAGGCCACCAUGGAGCGGGAGCGCGAGGGCCUGGAGUACCAGCGUCAGCAGCUGAUCACCGAGCGCCAGCAGUUCCACCUGGAGCAGCUGAAGGCGGCCGAGUUCCGGGCGCGCCAGCAGGCGCAUCACCGCCUGCAGCAGGAGCUCCAGGGUCAGGCGGCCGCAGGAUCCAUGAUCUUGCAGCAGCAGCAGCAACAGCAGCUGCCGCAGCCACAGCAACAGCAGGCGCAGCAGCAGCAACAGCAAUCACUGCCGCCACAUCCGCAUCUGCCGCAGCAGCAGCAGCAACUGCCGCCACAUCCGCACCAGUUGCCACCGCAGUCGCAACCACUGGCCGGUCCCAGCGCCCAGCACCAGCCGCUGCCACCGCAUUUGGUGGGAUCCGUGGCUCCACCGCCCAACGGCGCUCCCUUUGCAGCGCCACCCAUUGCACUCGCCGGCGGACCACCGCCCGGAGCCCCCACGGCCAUCGUCUCCAAUCCGAGCGAUCAGGCCGGACCAGCAGCAGCGGGAGCAGCGCAAUCCCAGGCCCCCACGCCCAUGGACACCACACCGCCCAGCAGCGUUCCAGUCGCAGAUGGCGGCCCGCCGGGAUCCGCGAUGGCACCCACAGGCAGCAUUCCUCCACCGAGCUCUGCUCCCGUCGCCGGCGUAGCACCGCCUCCUUCUUAACUCCUACUCAUAAGCCAGAAAACGUUUAAGUAACUAGCUCUAAGUCGUACGCUCUCAGUAUGUUUUAUGUAUACUCCACUCUAAGCCCAACUAUUGUGUGUAAU